UCAUGCUGCUGCCAGGUCCAGAGUCUCUCAUGGGUCCCUGUACGGCCUCCCAUUGCUGCUGUCUCCAUCGCCACACUCUGCCAUGUGCCACUUUCAGGUCUCCUCACACUGCUGGUGUGUGUUCCAUUUUUUGUCAUAGGGUGCUGGCAGAUUACGGGCCUCCCAUAGCUGCUGCCAGGCCCCUAAUCUGCCAUGGGCCCCUAUACCGCCUCCUCAUGCUGCUGCCAAGUCCAGAGUCUCUCAUGGGUCCCUGUACGGCCUCCCAUUGCUGCUGUCUCCAUCGCCACACUCUGCCAUGUGCCACUUUCAGGUCUCCUCACACUGCUGGUGUGUAUUCCAUUUUUUGAC